AUGAUGGAUAUGGAUGCGCCUCCUCUACCACCACCACUUCCACCUCCUCCUCCUCCUCCAGGUCCAACUGAUCCUCGCUUGUCCAACCAACCUCCUCGUCCUUCUAUCAUUACCUCGCUGCCUCGUUCAUCUUCAACCCCUAUUCCAAUCUCGGCCGCAAAUCUAUCACUUCCAACUCCGCCCAGCACCUCACAAACGCAGUCCAACAAUGACAUUACUCUAGCUAAAGCGGGGAGCUCUGGAGGGCUGAGACCCCAAGAUCCCCCCGUGCUGGAGCUGGAUUCAAGCAACAUCCUGACGAUAUUGGCCAAGUUCAACGAGUCACACUUUAAUCUUCUUAACCAACAAAAUCAGAAGAAGCGCCUGGAGGAUAUUGCUGCCCAGAAUAAGCGAGAUGUUGAUCGGGCGAAGACUAUGAAAAUGUAUCCUGCCACGGCUGAGAUGUACCAGCAAAUGAAAGAGAAAAGCGACAAUGAUAUCAGCAGGCUGAAUCAGUCUCUGAAUCAGCAUCAGGCCAUAUGUCAGCAAAUUACCGCUGAGUUUGUGAAGCAUCAGCACCUUCUCUCACCUCCGGCUAAAACCAAACCUGUGGAGCCUGUGGAGCCUGUGCAAUCUCCCGAGCCCUCUGGAAUCGAAAUUGAGAGGAUUAACAAGCUAGAAGCGGAGCUUAAUAGGCUUAAAGAAGCUAAGUCGGGAACGCAGACUAGUAGCAACAUGCCUUCCAAGAUUGAAAACUCUAUUGUGGAACAUUCCACUCGAAUUUCCCGCAUGCUGAAAGACAUCGGUGAACUCUCCACCUGGCGAAAUGAGAUCAGAGAGGGGAAAACAAAACUACCCUUAGAGUCUAUGCCCGUGGAGUGGUCAGCUUUGGCAGGGGAGGUGACCACGGUCAAGGAGAAUAUCCACCCCAACUUAGAGCGAUCUCUUGCAACUGUCGCGCAGGUACCGUCAUUGCAAGCGCGUCUUGACCUCGCCGAGCAGAAAUAUUCCUCAAUCAUAACCCUUGAAUCAUCCGUUAAAAACAAUGAUGCUGAAACCAGUGGUCUAAAAUCCAAGAUCACUGACAUUGAGACAACGGUUAAUGAGCUGAACAAGAGAUUUGGCAACUUGGAAAUCCAAAGGGCCGAACCCUCUCAACAAGCUGCAGGCAAUGACCAGAGUUCUAUUCAAGGGGCAAUCAAUUGGACUGGCCGAUUUGAGGCCCUUGAGACUGCUCACUCGAAAUUGGAUGCCAGUAUGAAAGCCUUGCUGGCACAGGGGGCUGUCUGGACCGAGGCAUGUACUUCAUUGACCCCUGAUUUGAAAAAGCUCGAGUCAAAGCAAGACUCUUUCAAGGUGGCCCUACGGUCCAUCGAAAUGCGAUACGAAAAUAUCAACACUGAGAGCUUAGUCAAACAGAUGACCCACGCUAUUUGUGAGAUGUACCCCACGUUGCCCCAGAUAACGGACGAAGUCAAGGCUCUGAAAGCCGAAUUCAGCUCUAACACUCGAUCCUUGGCGGACCGGAUCGACAACUUAAAUGAAAAUGUUUCGUCAAUGCCUGAUGGCAUACUGGUCAAGGCGAAGGAUGCUGCAAUGGAUCAACUCCAAUCUUUCGAGCGUCAAUUAAAUGAAGUGGCAAAGCUUAACCAGCUCUUCGCCGACAGAUUCUUAUCAAUUGAGGAUCGGGUCGACAAGUUGUCAAGCAAUAUUGCGUCGAUUCCCGCUAAGUUGAAGGAGGUCACCGACUCUAUCAACGAUAUAGAGCAAGUCCAAGUUUCGCAUUCCGAUAGCAUAUCAAAAAAUCUUCAAAAUGUCAAUGACUUGCAGGAAAGCUCAAAUUCGCUGUCAACAGCUUUUCAAGAGCUAGCCGAUGAUCAUUCAGACGAUGUCAAAAGACUGGCCGACACAUGCGAUCAACUGUCUAUCGAAUCAAAAACCCGGGCUGAAACUCAAGAUUCACACCAUUACGCUCUAGCGGGGGCAUUUCAAACACUCAAGGCUUCACUUGAAGAACUCCAGACUUGGACAAGUAGACUGAAAAUUCUAGAACCAGUGGAAGACAUUGUGAACAUAUGUGGAGCAUUCGGUUCCCCGGAGAGUAUAGAUUCGAUGCGCAAACGGCUGGAAGCCCAGGAAAGUGUAUUUGCGGUCCUUGAUCAGCUACAAGCAUUGGAAUCAGAACACUCUGAACAACUAGGCCGCCUCGAAAAAAUGUCAGCGGAAUUGGCAGAGAAAGCGCGGCGGCUACAAGACGGUGAAGCUGCUCACCCAGUGGGUGUGGUUAGCGGUAGAGUUUUGACACCGGAGCUACAUAUUCGCGGCAGCUCCACUCUGGCACGCCCGUCAAACCCCAUCGAGCCUUCAAAUGAUUCUACUGGAAUACGAGAAAGCAAUCAGCCGCACCAAGUGACAGACUCUGGCGAUGAACAUGGGACAUUAGCUUCCUCCUCAGUCGUGGCGGGUCAUAGGACCCCAUUGCUUCUACCGAUUGGCCCCUCUGAGCCAUCAAAGAAGAAACAGAAGGUUCGCAAGCAGGAUGGGAAGCGCCCUAGACAGUCGACAGGCUCUGAUGACGAAUCCUCGGUCGCGACUGGUAAUGGUACCCCGGCGCUGUCAUCCUCUGGCCCCUCUGGGCCACCAAAGAAGAUACCUAAGAUUCGCAAGCACGAUAAUAAGGGCUCGACAGGCUCCGGCGAUGAGUAUGAGACCUCAACUGCCUCCCCAGCCUUGACUGGUACUAGCACCCCAGUGCGUCCACCUUCAGGCCCCUCUGGCCCAUCCGUCCCAUCGUCAAAGAAAAAGAACAAGAAAUCGAGGAGGAAAGAUAAAGAGAAGGCAAAGAACUAA